UCACAACAGCUUGAUAUUUACGUUUCAGGCCUCUUUACACCGCAAAAAUGGCUGAUCCCCGCGUUGAAGAAAUCCACGAUGACGAGGUCUCCAAGACCGUUGAGGAUAGCUCCUCUGAGUCUGGCUCCGAGGCUGGCGAUGAGCCCAACAUUCCCGCCGGUGCCUCCGUCGCUGUUCACUCCCGUGGCGAGAAGAAGGCUCGCAAGGCCAUUGGCAAGCUCGGCUUGAAGCUCGUCCCUGGCAUCACCCGUGUCACUCUCCGCCGCCCCAAGAACAUCCUCUUCGUUGUCAACCAGCCCGAGGUUUACCGUUCCCCCAACAGCAACUGCUGGAUCAUCUUCGGUGAGGCCAAGAUUGAGGACCUGAACUCCCAGGCCCAGGCUUCCGCCGCUCAGCAGCUCGCUGCCUCCGAGGCCGCUGGCGACCACGCCGGUCACGACCACGAGGAGAUUCUCGGCAAGGCCAAGGCCCCCGAGGCCGAUGAUAAGAAGGAGGAUGAGGAGGAUGAUGGUGAGGAGGUUGAUGAGUCCAACCUUGAGUCCAAGGAUAUCGAGCUCGUCAUGGCACAAGCAAACGUUUCCCGCAAGAAGGCCGUCAAGGCUCUCCGUGAGAACGACAACGAUAUCGUUAACUCCAUCAUGGCCCUCAGCAUAUAAUGAGUGAUUGU